UUUCCCGUUCUCAGCAGCUUCUGCUGCUGCUGCUGGGUCCUCCUCCUCUCCUUCCCUAAGAGCUCAGGCUACUACCGGAAACCAAUAUUUUUUGCUGCUGCUGAGUCUUCUUUCUGCAAAGUUAUUUCAAAGCAAACCGAGGAACAGAGAAGCUGCAGUACAGCCCCAGCAGUAGCGGCGGGCCGAUUUCUUGCAACUGCACUUCCGAACCCUGGACUUUAUUUUUUGGUCUUUGCCAGCCUAGAAAGUUGUUGAACUCCCGUCUCGCUUUUUCCAGCGUCCGGACCCCGGCAUGUUUGAUGAUCCGCCGGCUGCAGGCUCCGGAACUCAGAGAGCCCCGGCGAGCGAUGGAAGAGCAGCUCCGAGGCUCUUGAAAAGUCAUUGAAAAGCCGUCCCCGAGUGAAGAAGCGGAGCAGUUGCCUGUGUGUGUGGCUCGGGGAGAGAAAUCCAGAUUAUUAUUAUUAUUAUUAUUGCAAGGGAGAACACGCGUCGCCCGCUGUCUUCCUCUCUCGCCUCCCCCUCCACCAUGGAAGAUGGUGUGAAGGAGGAGACCCCUGAGAAGCCAAAGCGGCCCCCUACAGUCGAAAAAAUGGGGUGGAUCAAGAAGAGCAGUGGGGGGAUUUUGAGUCUCUGGAAAGAGCGUUACAUCCAGCUCUGUAAAACCCAGCUCCUGGUGUAUGAAGAUGAGGAUGAACAGAAAUGUGUUGAGACUGUGGAGCUGGAAAGGUAUGACAGAUGCCAAGACUUGCGCGCCCUCCUGAAAAGGAAAAACCGCUUCAUUUUAAUUCGGGCUCCUGGUUGCAAGGUGCAAGAUAUCAAAUUUCAGGCAUCAAAUGCGGAAGAAAAGGAGUCAUGGAUGAAAGCCCUCAAUGACGGCAUCAGCCGGGGCAAAAACAAAAUAUUUGAUGAGGUGAAGGUUGAUGAAAGCCUUUCUCUAGAACACGUGACACGAGGCAGAGCGAAGCUGGCUCAGGGUCGCCGUCCACCAACCAGAAGCCAUCUCAAAGAGGUUGCCAGUGCAGUCUCAGAUGGGAUCUUGAGGCUUGACCUGGAUGUACCAGACAAUGGACCUCCAUCCACCUCCUUGGAGACAAGCGAGGUUGAUGAUGUUCCUCUCCCGAAGGAGAAGCCCAAACCGCCCAUGCCGCCUGCAAAAGUGCCCAUGCCCCCUUCGGACAAGCUGAGUGCCGACUCCACACCCGAGGAUGUAGAAGUCAAGAAACCCCCAAUGCCUCCUGCCAAGCCUCUUAAGGAAACAGCAGCACCCAGUGAAGAUACGAACUCUGUGGAGAAAGAUGUUGCUGCUGCAGGCAACGAGGAUGAAGAACCCAAAGUUGCCUUAGAUGGAGAGGAUGUAACAGAGGCCAGUGAAAAUUCUCGCAAAGUUCCAGUUCCUCCCCCAAAGAUCUUAUCUGAUAAGAUGAAGGUAACGUGGGACAGUCCAGCUUCUGAACAGCAGUGUGUCGAGGCUGAGAAUCCAUCACCAGAUGGCAGCAAAGAAAACCUCUCCGAAGUAGCCAAGGAGAUGCUGAAACCUCCGGCCCCUCCUCCUAAGAUCCUGUCAGAGCAAUUGAAAGCCAGCAUGUAUUCAAACCGGAGCAGCUUGAAGGUUGAGGCAUCCGAAGGCGACUGCCAACCUGAUGACUCGAACCUCCCAGUGAAUGGCAUUGCUGGUGAGGAAACUGCUGAGCCUGUUUUCCGCGAUGAAGGGGAGCAGGGAGAGGCUUCCGCAGAGCAAGGAGCAAAUCAGGAGAGUUUGGGCCUGCUGUCGAAAGAUCAGCCGCCCUCUUUGGACCCUGAGGGAAAGCCUCGGGCUGCCAAGCCUCGCUGCGCCUCCCUGGGGGAUCUGCUGUCCAGACCGGCAAAGGAGCCUCUCCCAGGGCCAGAUCUCCAGCAGAGAUCUGCCUUCCAGGUGGCCAAGAUGGAAAGGAAAGUGGCUUGUGAGCAGGAAAGAACAGAAAAGCUUCUGCAGAAGGUUUUGCAGGGGGGAUGUGAACAGGCCCAGGAGGACAGCAACGGGCCGCCGAUCAGCGCAGAGAUAUUGCUCAAUGAGGCAGCCAAGCAGCUCCAGCAAGCCACGCAGGUCUUGCAAGAGAUCAGAGAUUUAGGAGAACUGAAAAAACAACCAGCCGAGCGGCGGAAAGGAGCUCCGAAGGAUCUAGCGACUCUGUAUAGAAGAAGCGCUCCCUGAGAGGAAGAGGCUUCUGCUUUCUGUGGCUUAGCUGAAUCAUUGCUGUGUAGCACACUUCCUACUAUUUGGCUGAGAUGGUGUUUGGAAAACAGGGGAGAGGUCGUCUUGCUAUGCGCUGCUAACAGGAAAAAAUUGUCAUGUUAAAGUGUAGCUUUUAUGAUCUCAAGCUCUGGGCUGGAGCCUUCUGAUGGGUUAUUAUAAGAUUAGUGGCCAGGGAAUUGAGAGGGCAGGGGUGCUGGGAAUGAUCUGGAAGGUGAACAGUCACUGGGGCAAGAGGGUCUCUCCCUGCUCUUCCCCUUGGUGUCUUGAAGACCCUUUGCAGGAAUUCUGCAAGCAAUAGCUGAAAGCCUAGAUCAGCCAGAAGAAAUUUACUUCCUGGCAUGACAGUGGGGAUGAGCAACGUUGGAACUCCUCCUAUAACCACUUUUAAUAUCCGUUUGUCCUGACCCAAAGAUCCUCACAAGUGGCGAUGAAAUGUGUGUUCUGGCACUUUGAGAAUUUCCAGAAACGUACCAGGCAAAGUAGAUGUUUGGUGUAUGGGGCCAGAAGGUCCUGAAUUGUAGAACAGAUUUUAAAAAGAGAGAGAGAGAGAUGGGGGGGGGAUUUCCACUGUUUUGGAACUACUGGUUUAUACAUUGGCUUUUCUGCUCUUGUCAGACCAAAGAGUUGACUUUGAGCAUCAGAUGGAAAUAGGGUGUGAAGAGCCGCUAACUGCUUGCUCGAGACUUGGAACUUAAGAAGAGCCCUGCUGGAUCAGGCCAAUGGCCCAUCUAGUCCAGCAUCCUGUUCUCCCAGUGGCCAAUCAGAUACCCCUUUUGUGAGCCCCACAAGCAGGACCUGAGUGCAAGAGCACUUUCUGCUCCUGUGGUUUCCAGCAACUGGUAUUCAGAAGCAUACUACCUGCAACCAUGGAGGCAGAGCAUAGCCAUCUUGUCUAGUCAAAUCAGGCUUCAGCAAGCAUUGUUAGGGGUCAGAGAGCCAGACCAUCCUCUCCUAUUCCAGCAACGGCCCAAUUCAUAUCCUUGCCAGGCUUCCAGUUUGCGGCAAAUUGUGGAGGAUGGGGUGCAUGGCCCGUCUCUGAACACCUAAAAUUGAAACUGUGAUGUGGAUACUUCCCGCAAUAAGCCAACUCAUGCAAAUCUUUCCCUAACUCUCUCUUGGUUUUUUUUAAAAAAACGCCAUCCUUAUUGGACGGUGCAGGCCUGAAAUGACUGCAUCGCACAUUCCACUAGAUGCUCAAUGGAGGAGAAGGCAUAUAUUUGUCGCCCUGGGGUCCUACUGGGAGGAAGGGCAGGAUAUAAAUUUAAUAAAUAAAUAAAGAUACCUUCUCUUCCAUUGUGCAAAUGGCACAGCCACUUUGGUAACCAUCUGAACAGGGCAGAGCUUGGAAAAGUUACUUUUUUGAACUACAACUCCCAUCAGCCCAAUCCAGUGGCCAUGCUGGCUGGGGCUGAUGGGAGUUGUAGUUCAAAAAAAGUAACUUUUCCAAGCUCUGGAACAGGGGAACUGGUAAUGCUAGCGAAAUUAUCCUUGCAAAAUGCAUAAGCAUAGACACUACCACCCUCCAGUUUUACUGUUUCCACACAUCUGCAAUUUUGUUUUUACCCUUGACAUUAAUUUAUCUUCAUUUCCAGGAUUCUUGAUAUCGGGAUAGCUUACUUUUGACUGAGCUUGAUUGCUUUUUUUGCUUUUGCACUCUGGGUCCUGAUCAGACUCUGAAACUUGGGAACCUCACACUUCACAUUUUCCUCAGAUGCAUCUUUUAACAUUCAAAUUCCAUUUAAAAAAACCAAAACAGUUGUGCGAGCAUUAAAUUGGCACCGCAUUAUAAAAUUGGCAAUCGUGAAUAACCAUUCAUAGAUCCAGGCUUGGAGGGAAAUAGUGGCACUUAGUACACACUAUCCUGGUUGGAGGUUGGAGUCCUGGUUUCCUGGAGAAGACCCUCAUUGUGAAGUGUGGCCGGCCAGUGCCUCACUCCCUCACCCCACCUAUCUCAAAUGGCCAGCUAGCAAUGACUUGCUACAGAUUUCAUUUUCUGUAUAUAACUUUUUGCCUCUACACUGGCAAGCGUGCGGGGGGGGGAUGCAACAGCUUUUUUGGAGGGGGCAGAUUUCUCCUUGGGGCUUCUAAUUGCUGAAUACUAGCACAGUGGUGGCGUGUCCUUGGUAAAUAAAGCUACUAUCCCUGUAAGGCAAACAAUUCUGCUUUGGUGGUGUUCACUAGUGCCCCUUCUGGGAACUGACAUGCAGAGUCAGAGCAGCAGGAUUUAACCCCCCACUCAUCAGCUCAUGAGCUGGGAGUCAAAUCCUGCUCAGACCCCUGCAGAGAGCAGGACUGAAGUCUCUGUUCAUCAGCUGAUGAGCAGGGAGUUCAAUCCUGCUGGAGUAAAAUGAGUGAGGUGAGCAAUGAUUUAACAAAACCCAUAGGAAAAAGUGCUUUGCAUGUUUUGUUAUUUCUGCACUUUUGAAGGCUAGAAACUUGCUCCCCCCCCCCAGAUCUUUUUUUAAAAAGCUACUGAAAUUAUUCAGAUUCUAACUAAGUGCUUCAAAGGCUGCAUAUUGCCCACCUGGAUUCUGAAUCGCCUACCAAACUGAUCUAGAUCAGAGCCAUUUUUAAACAAAGGAUAGUGUGAAUGUUUUUAACAGGCAUGAAAAUAGCAACCUGGUCACCUGUGGCAAAUAAGAUGUGCCUCUAGGUGGCCAGCCACAAUUAACUAACAAAGGUAUGUGUGGGCAGGUGGACUAGUCACUUUGGAGGGAUUCUUUUUGCAAGGCUGACUUGGAUCUUUUGUCCCUUGACUUCUAGUUUAGGCUCCACAGUGCCCCCCCCCAGGUCCCCCAUGACUUCAGUGCAUAUUUCUUAACUCUUGGCCUCGAUCCCAGUGCCAGCAUCUCGCAACCCUCAGGCAAUUGCUGGGACCUCCACUCACCGCAGCAGUGUCUACUAGUACUGACACCUGGCCAGGUCUCCCCAUCUCAAACUGGGUCUUCUAGCUGCCAUUUAAACAUUUUAUAUUCCCAUUUCACUUCCCAUAAUACCCCAAAGUGAUGCUGGAAAUUUUAAAAAGUGACCUGUAGCUACCCACCACUGCUGCCAGGUAAGCCCAUGGAGGGGCUGACCAGCGUAAGAGGGGGCUCUCCAAUUUGGAGCUGGCCCUUCCUGGCCUGAAUAGCUGUAGGUAUGACUCAAAAGAAGGGGAUUUUUGCCCCUCAGUACCUGACAACCUUAUUAUGUCCACUCAGGCUAGUCCCUCUUCCCCAUUUUUUCUUUCAGAAGUGCUUAGCCUUCUGGGAGCUGAUCUGAUCUAAUCAUGUGAUUCAUCAAAUUAUCAUAUUGAAGUUCUAGUUCUCUAAACUUGGAGCAAAACUGGAUUGAAGCUGGGCUCUUCUCUAGCGUAUAUGCAACUGUUUUGCACUAGCAACUUGGCUUUUAAAUGUAUAGGGCAAUAGAUAUUUGUGUUUAAGGCUACUCCCCCCAUUACAGUCUUUAGAUAUAUCCCACAUUGGCUUGUGUAUGCACCUAAAAAUGUAUAAUUGUGAAUGUAACAAAUGCGUUUGCAAAAAGAGCUAGUUCACACAUGCCUGUUUGUCGCUUGAGGAGCAUUGUGUAAAGAUCUGCAUGUGUGAACAGGCCACCAUCAGUCUCAAAAGAGAUCUCCCAUCACCUCUUAAGGCAAUGCUUUCUUUUUUAAGUGGAGUCAGUUCACACAUUCAGCUGUCAGUCAUAAAGCAUAGAGAAAUGCAGCAGGGUGUACACAUCUGUGAACCAAAACCAUAUAGACACACUUAUUGAAAAACCAGUAGACUGUGACUCUUUGUGUAAAGGUAUACUCUGCUGCACACCCAGGUGCCAGGUAAUAUAUGAACCAGCCCUUAUCUAGUUAUGCACUGAAGGAAAUACCCAUUGGUAUCUCUUGUAUCAUCCAUCUACUCUGUACAUGUUUAAUUAACACUGAAUAAUUGUCUGACAUAUUUCUCAAAGGGCCUUUCAUAGGAACCUUGAAGAGAAAGUCACUUUUGAAUCUUUGUUGUGGUUUCCCCCACAAAUUUAGCAACUAAAUGUUGUACAACCUAUAUACUAAUAGUAACUUAAAACUUUUUCUACACUGUCCUGUAAAUAAGAGUAACUUAAAAUCUUUUGGUGAUAUUGGCUGGCUUGAGUAUCUUGUUGCAGAAGAACUAGCUGUCCAAAAUGUUUUGUUCUGAAAGGUGUGGCAACUUGGUAAGCCUCUGAAGUAGUUGUCACAUUUAUGGAAAACUGGUGACUCUAGCCCUUAAAAUCCUGAGAACCUUUUAAAAAUAUUUUUUAACAAGA